AGUAUCGCGAGAGUAGCAGUAAUAGUCUUGUUCGUAGUUGUCUGAUGUCUGUGGUUUACGUUCGACUUCCCCAGUGAACCCACCAUGGCAGUCUGUUGGUUCUGGUGAUGUUUCGGUUCUGGGUUCCAGUCCGAACUUUACUCAGGAGGUUCUGCAGCUCUUCAGACAUGCCUAAGACGAAAGGAAAGUUCUUCUACGCCGUGAGAAAGGGAGUGAAACCCGGAGUCUACGGGUCGUGGGAUGAGUGUAAGGUCCAGGUGGAAAAAUUUCCGGCUGCAUCUUUUAAGAAGUUUGGAUCAGAGCGAGACGCCUGGGCGUUCGUCCGAGGAGUAGAGCCGCCUGCCGUUCCGGACCAAAGCACAGCGAGCCCGGCUGGAGAAACGGACCUCUGUCUGCUUCCCAAACGAGGUCCGGAGCCGCUGGAGUACAUCCCGCUGGGAAGGAAGCGGCCGCACCCUGAGCAGGAGGCGGAACCUCAGGUUAAACGGGCCAAGCCGGUAGAGAGCUCUUCAUCAGGAAGCAAAGACGGGUUCACCUACAUGGGCGACGCUGUGGUGGUCUACACCGACGGCUGCUGCUCGGCCAAUGGACGGGCCGGGGCCCGAGCCGGCAUCGGGGUGUACUGGGGCCGGAACCACCUGCUGAACGUAGCAGAGCGGCUGCACGGGCGACAGACCAAUCAGAGAGCAGAGAUACAGGCGGCCUGCAGAGCGCUGGAGCUGGCCAAACAGAACCACAUCCAGAAGCUGGUUCUCUACACAGACAGCAAGUUCACCAUCAACGGUGUGACCAGUUGGGUGAAGAACUGGAAGCUGAACGGUUGGAGGCUGAAAUCUGGAGGAGAGAUCACCAACAAACAGGACUUCAUGAAGCUGGACCUUCUGAACUCGGAGCUGCAGGUGGUCUGGUUGCACAUCCCUGGCCACUCAGGGUACCGUGGAAACGAGGAGGCUGACCGGCUGUCCAGAGAAGGAGCAGCCAAACCGCUGCAGGAGCCUGAAGAGGAUCUGGGAUAAAGCAGGACUUUGUUGUUUUACUUCAUGUUUAUCAGCAGCUGCUGCUUCUUUCUGAAUGUUUUUAUUUUCUGCUCGGGUUCUGUUGAUGUAAAAUUCUGAAUAAAGUUUUGGUUUUCUUCUGAUU